UAAAUAUCGGCAUAAACAAACGUGAAGGAAGCGCUUUGAGCAUCGGGGAUGAGUUCGGAGCAUGUGAACGGACUGUUGGCCGCGGCCACGGCCACGGCGGCCAUGGCCUCCCUCGCCCUGUUGCAGAAGAAACGCGCGGCCGCCUACGACCCCAAGAACCGCAAGAGCAUUGGCCAGCGCCGACCAAGCGCAAACGGCGCGGCCAUGAACGGAUCCGGCAACGGUCAUACUCACCUGGCCAUGGUGCAGAACGGCCGCGUACUGGCCGACCCGGCUGAGGGUUACGAGCUCUUCCCCAUCGACUUCUCCAUGCACGUGCAGAUCCGCCAGAACGUCGUGCACAAGUUCCUGCAGAUCCACCCUGAGGCCAAAAGCAGCGCGGCCGCCAUCCUGCUGCACGGCGGCGUCGAGGUGGACCGCUAUGACACGGACAUUCAGUACAAUUUCCACCAGGAGAGCUUCUUCCAAUAUCUCUUCGGUGUGCGCGAGCCUGGAUGCGCGGGCCUCGUGGACCUGGCCACGCGUAAGGCUGUGCUGUUCGUGCCGCGUCUGAGCGACGAGUGGGAGCUCUGGUGCGGCGACCGAAAGCCACUGGCUUACUUCAAGGCGCACUACAAGGUGGACGAGGUCUUCUACAUGGACGAGAUGGCGGCCGUGCUGGCCGAUAAGCUCAAGGCCAAGAAGCUGUACGUGUUGCACGGUAAGAACACGGACAGCGGUCUGGAGACGACCACGACGUCGACUUUCGAAGGUAUUGAGAAGUUCGAGGUAGAUAAGGCAGCGCUACACCCAGUGCUGGUGGAGUGCCGUGUGAUCAAGACGGAGAAGGAGUUGGAGCUGCUUCGCUUUGUCAACAAACUCUCGUCUCGCGCGCAUAUUAACGUGAUGAAGAACAUCCGUCCGGGCAAGAUGGAGUUCCACGCCGAGAGUGACUUUUUGCACUAUGUGUACAGUAAUGGAGGCGCUCGUUUCCAUGCGUACACUUGCAUUUGCGGUAGUGGCCACAACGCCUCGGCGCUGCACUAUGGCCAUGCCGGAGCGCCGAAUGACAAGCUCCUUGAAGAUGGUGACCUGUUCCUCAACGACAUGGGUGGAGAGCUACAUGGCUACACGUCGGACAUCACGUGCUCGUGGCCCGUGAACGGCGUGUUCUCCUCAGACCAACGCAUGGUCUACGAAGGCGUGCUCAAGGCCCACGACGCCGUCAUGACGGCCAUCAAGCCUGGAGUUAGCUACGUGGACAUGCACUUGCUGUCGCAUCGUGUGCUGACGCAGCAUCUUCUUGAGUACGGACUGUUCCAGAAUGGCACGGUGGACGAGCUGAUGGACCACGAGAUCUCGGCGUACUUCUACCCUCACGGUCUGGGCCACAUGAUGGGCCUGGACACUCACGAUGUUGGCGGCAUCCCCAUCGGCUACGAGCGCUCCACGAAGAAGAUCCUGGCCAAACUGCGUUGUGUGCGUAACUUGGAGAAGAACAUGGUGCUGACAGUGGAGCCGGGCUGCUACUUCAUUGAGGCCCAGAUCCAGGCAGUGCUGGCCAACCCUGUUACGGCCAAGUUCGUUAACCAGGAGAUGCUGUCUCGCUUCCGUGGCACGGGCGGAGUCAGAAUUGAAUCGGAUGUCGUAGUUACCGCUACGGGCGUCGAGUGCAUGAGCAAAGUGCCUCGAACCGUGGAGGAGAUUGAAGCCACCAUGCAGAAAGCGUAACUGGGUUUAGCUGCACUGACCUGAAGGAAUUGGAGGCCGUUAGGCGUUAAGGUGCAUGUUUGACUGGCUGCUGCAUUGCAAAAAUCUACUUGGGAAACACAAAAGUCGCUUGUUGGUCGUGCGUACCGGAUGCAGUGACUACUAGUGAGGUCUACAACCCCAUCAUCUCCAAAAACUGAAGGGUUGUAGGGAAGGUUGUUCUCUUCCUUAGCUUACGCCUCUUGCCUGGCUCCAUUUCGCUCGAUCCCUCCGAGUCAGACGACUCUGUUUUGUCUCUUUGAUCGGUGUUUGCAAAAGUUCUUGCUCGCUUCGUCACGUUCUUGUUUGCAGCCUUCCACAUCUUGUCAAACUGACACUCAAACGCAGACACUUGAGAGUAGAGCGUUAAGAAAGCAUUAACUUCUCCAGCAUACAGAUUCUUACCGAUUGAUCCAGUCUGGACGAUAGUGUAGUCCAUGUUGAGUUCCUGUAGAUCGCUUUUCAUCCAGC